UUUUCUUGGUUGCAGCGAUAUGUGGCACUCAAAGUGCAGAAGAGUGCGCAGCACUACACUGAAGCAGCAAUGGAUGAGAUAAAGAUCCUCAAGCAGAUCGCCGACGGUGAUCCCGACGAUAAUCGGUGUGUCGUCAAGCUCCUGGAUCACUUCAAGCACUCGGGGCCGAACGGGAUUCACGUCUGCAUGGUGUUCGAGUUUCUCGGGGACAAUCUCCUUACAUUGAUCAAGUACACGGAUUAUCGGGGAAUUCCUCUUCCGAUGGUGAAAGAGAUCUGCCGUCACGUUCUAAUUGGCCUCGACUACCUCCACCGCGAACUAUCAAUAAUUCACACCGAUCUUAAGCCUGAGAACAUCCUCCUUGUCUCUUCACUUGACCCUUCCAAGGAUCCACGACGCUCUGGGACACCGCCUGUUAUUCCAAACGUGAAGACUGACGACCAACCUCCUAAAACCACUGUGUCGACUAACGGCGACCUAACAAGAAACCAGAAGAAGAAGAUCAGGCGGAAGGCAAAGCGUGCGGCUGCGGCCACGUCAGUGAGUGGUGCGGCCACUGCUUCUCAGGAUGCUGAUGUGUCAGAAGAUAAGGGGGAUUCUAGUGCGAUGAAUGAAGACGACGGUGGCAGUGGUGGUGGAGAACAGUCUGGCGCAGUGCGAGGCCAUAGAAGGGGUAGUAAGGGAAUGAGGAGGACGUUGGUUACGGAGGCUGACCUAAGAUGCAAGUUGGUGGAUUUCGGGAAUGCAUGCUGGACUUAUAAACAGUUCACAAGUGACAUCCAGACAAGGCAAUACAGGUGCCCUGAGGUGAUUCUUGGUUCCAAAUAUUCUACCUCUGCUGAUAUGUGGUCGUUCGCAUGCAUUUGCUUUGAGCUUGCUACUGGAGAUGUGCUCUUCGAUCCACACAGCGGGGACAAUUUUGACAGGGAUGAGGAUCACCUCGCACUGAUGAUGGAACUGCUUGGAAUGAUGCCUCGCAAGAUAGCCUUGGGCGGCCGAUACUCUCGCGAGUUUUUCAACCGGUACGGCGAUUUGCGGCACAUUCGCCGCCUGAGAUUCUGGCCCCUCAACAAGGUACUCAUGGAGAAAUACGAGUUCAGCGAGCAGGAUGCAAACGACAUGGCUGACUUUCUUGCCCCUAUACUAGACUUUGUUCCAGAGAAGCGGCCCACUGCCGCCCAAUUGCUUACCCACCCAUGGAUCAAUGCUGGGCCUUUGACUUGUGAACCAAGGUCUCAGCCCGAACCAACCCAGCCGUCAGUGGACGGUGUUUCUGAGAAGCAAAAGAAGGAGAAAGAGGAGCGAGAUGCGAUGGCAGUGGGGAUAGGAAAUAUUGCAAUUGACGGAACUGCAAAAGUGGGAAAAGAUUCUCCAGCUGGCAGUAAGGUGGGAAAGGCAGUUGUUACAUCUUCGAGGUAGGUUUUGUUUUGUUGCAUUUGGCCUUUAGAUGGAAGCUUUUUCAGUUGUUUGUAUCUUGGAUGAGUGGAUGGCUGGCUAUACCUUUCGGUUUUUGAUUGUUUUAGGUAUGGACGUAAAAUGGAAAAUUUUAGGUGUAUGUUAGCAUUCAGUUGGGGUUACUAAGACUGUUCCCCUUUUGACUAAGGACCUCUACUUAUUUUAUGAGGAGUUCAGAUUCUUGAGAUUCUUUUGAAUUGAAUUCAAUUGAAAGCCCCAGUUUUGGAGGUCUUUCCCCCCUCUU